UACACCGGGGAGAAAAGGGGUAAAACGUAAGGGGAAGAAAGUUCAGGAGAGACGGCGAAUGGAAGCAUGCGAGAGGGAUUUAGUGGAAGGGAUGGAAUCCAUGGCGGUGGACGAGAGGAGCUCGCGGUCGGCUAAGGUCAUCGAUCUGCUCCGAAGGUUCCUCGGCGUCCAACAGAGGAGGGCCGAAGCUUACGCCAAGCUUCGAAGGGGAUUUACAGAAUAUAUGAGCAAUGGAGGAGAGUUGGCCUACCAGCAGCUCUGUAAGGAGAUAACAGUAGAGUUCAAUGAUUGUUCAAAAGAAGUUCUUGAAAUGGAAUCUUUGCUUUUGAUGCCAGAUCUAUCCCGUGGUGAUCUUGCUGAUCUCUUAAAGGCUGUUCAGGCACAGGAAAAACAGAAGCUUCAUUUGACUGCAAGGAUACAGAUACUAAAGAAGGCAGGGCGCCCAUCAGAGCGGCUGGUCAGCCAUGAGAAUUGUCGAUUCGAGAAGCCAACUGAACACGAAUGUGUGCAUGUUCAUGAGAUUACCGAAGCCGCUGGAACUGAAGAUGCUGAAGCUGAUGCCGAGUAUGAUGGUGCGCUCAAGGAAGCCAUCUGUGGCGUGCAGGAUGCAGUGACCAACAUAAAUGAGCACUUGGAGGAGGUCCGUUAUGAGAUCGAGGCACUUGAAUCAGAAUAACUACUAAUCCCCACACAGCAGCACCAUACCAAUCUGGUUCUGGCUAUAUAAACCCUUGGUUACCUUGUUCAUCUAGUAGUGCUUGUUUUUGGUACAGAAAUCAGACCAGAUAUGAGCACAAUGUUUAUAUGUCCUUUAUACUAUCCUCGCCAGCAAGUUCUGUAAAUUUUUCAUCAGUGUCUGUGCUUGUUCUAUUUGUGUUUCAGUGCCCUUAACAAAUUGUUGCAAGAAAUGAUAGAUUCACUGAAAUAGAAAGUUGGAACUCUGUGAAGGUUGU